AAAAAGCCCCUGUGAUUGUCCCAAGUUCUUUUCAGUUUUCUCCUCAACACAAAGUUCUCUUCACUAUUCAGUACACUAGUCUGAGGACCACCCCCACUUCAUCAAGUCCUGGAUUUUCUUUGCCAUUUUCUGUGUCAGGAAUCUCGGUCCCAGACUAAAAUAUUUUUGUCAGCUAGUUUUUUUCAAGUGAAAUCCGUUUCAACCUUUUUUUUUUUAAACUCCAUUUCCUGUUUUCUGAGCUCAAAACCUUAAAGGGUUUAAAGGGUUCUUUUUCUUUCUUUUUGUUUUUUUUUGUUUUGUUUUGUUUUGUUUUUUUUUUUUUCUUUUGCCUUCACCGGGGCUUCUGUGGUUGAUGGUUGGUUUCUAUUCUGGAAUCAAACUCUACUGAGGCAAAGCAAAAAUGGGUUAUUUGAAGUGGGACAAAUUUUUUACUGGGUUGGUGUUGAUUUUCACUUUGCCAUUUUGUAGCGGAAUAACUGACCAACUUGAUGUUAUGGCGAUGAAUAAUUUGUACGUUGCUCUGGGAUACCCACCCCUUCGAGGGUGGCUUCUUGUUGGGGGAGACCCAUGUGGGGAAUUCUGGGAAGGAGUCGAAUGUGUCUUCUCAAACAUUACAGCAAUAAAACUCAGCGGUGCAAAUUUGGGUGGAGAAUUGGGUGAUGGCUUGCAAUUCCUUGGAUCAGUAAUACAAAUUGAUUUCAGCAACAAUCAUAUAGGAGGGAGUGUUCCAUCUGCUUUGCCCCCAACUCUCAGGAAUUUUUCUCUUUCAGGUAAUCAGUUAACAGGAAGCAUUCCAGAUGCCUUACCCGUUUUAAGUCAGUUGUUGGAAUUGUCGUUAGAUAAUAAUCAUCUCGUUGGAGCUAUACCGGAUGCCUUUCAGCAGCUUACCGUCUUGACACGUUUAGAUCUGUCAGGAAACAACUUAAGCGGUCAACUUCCUUCUUCGAUGGGAAAUAUGUUUGCUUUGUCAACAUUGCACUUGCAGAACAACCGGCUUGUUGGUUUUCUGGAUGUCUUACGGGAUCUACCGCUACAGGAUCUGAACAUUGAAAACAAUCUCUUCUCUGGACCCAUUCCUCCCAAGUUGCAGACAAUUCCAAAUUUCAGAAAAGACGGAAAUCCGUUCAAUACUACGAUUAUUCCAACACCUCAGGCAGCACCCUCUGCAUCUCCAGCCCGGGCUCCAUCUUCUCCAGAAGAACCACUGUGGCAUCGUGUGAAUGGACCUUCUUCUUCUCCUAUAAUCGUGAAGUCUGGGGAACCUAGGAGAUUUUUGAAUGCUAAGGCAAUAGUUUGGAUUGCCAUUACAGGGGUCUCAAUAGUUGCCACAUUAAUAUUGUGCCUUCUAUUCUCAAGAUGGUUCAAAGCGAAACGAAGGGACAAAAUUGCUAAGGAACAUUAUUUCGAUACUUAUAAGGGUUCGACCGAGAAGCCUAAACAUGAUGAAUCUUCAUUUCCGCGAAGUAAUCAAACAGAUACGGAAGUUGCAAAAGAGGCUGUUGUUAGACCACCAGAAAGAAGUGGAGUGGACAACCAAAGAAUGGGUUUUGUGCCAAAACUGAAGCAAGAACGGGUCAUGGAUGUGCGAAGAAAUACUCAAAGUUCAAUGUAUAUGAGGGAUAAUGAGAUCGACAUGACAGACACAGAUGAUGAUGUUUUGCCGCCGCCGCCUCCUCCUCCACCUUUCUCAACAGACAGUGACAUAGAAAACUCAGUUGUACCUACCAUUGUCAGUACUGCCGGACGGCCUAUGAAGAGUCGUAACUUGAAUUCUGUGAGAAUGUUUACCGUUGCAUCACUUCAGCAGUACACAAGUAGUUUCUCCCAAGAAAAUUUCCUUGGAGAAGGAAUGCUUGGUAGCGUUUUUAGAGCUGAGCUUCCUUAUGGAGAGCUUCUGGCAGUCAAGAAACUGGACAACACAGUUGCUAGGAAGCAGACAGAGGAGGAAUUUCUCGAACUGGUUUCUAAUAUCUCCAAACUACGACAUGCCAAUAUCGUGGAGCUUGUUGGUUAUUGUGCGGACCAUGGCCAACGCUUGCUUGUGUAUGAGUACUGCAGAAAUGGGACUCUUUAUGAUGCACUGCACGUGGAUGCUGAAAUCCAUCAGAAGCUUUCAUGGAAUAGGCGGAUCCAGGUCGCAAUUGGAGCUGCAAGAGCCCUAGAGUAUUUGCACGAGGUCUGCCGGCCACCAGUUAUACAUAGGAAUUUCAGGUCUUCCAAUCUUCUCCUUGAUGACAAGCUUGAAGUACAUGUAUCAGACUGCGGUUUGUCUCCAUUGUUGGCAUCUACCUCUGUGAGUCAGCAGAUAUCUGCAGGUCUCAGUGUGCAUGGUUAUGGUGCUCCGGAAUUCGAGUCUGGGAGUUAUACUUACCAGAGUGAUGUCUAUAGCUUCGGAGUUGUGUUGUUAGAACUCCUCACCAGGCGGAAACCCUAUGACAGGUCAAGGCCUCGCGGAGAGCAGUUUCUAGUUAGAUGGGCUGUCCCUAAGCUUCAUGAUAUUGAUGCAUUAUCAAGGAUGGUUGAUCCCUCUUUAUAUGGAGCUUAUUCUAUGAAGUCUUUGUCACGCUUGGCUGAUAUUAUUUCCUCAUGCUUACAGAGGGAGCCAGAAUUUAGGCCUCCAAUUUCUGAAAUAGUCCAGGAACUAUUACAAAUGACUUAGAAGAAGAGGCCCCAAGCAGUUAGUCAAGGAUUAAUUCUAAUUAGGCAACUAUGGGACUGAUGUGUCAGCUCUAGAUAAUGGCAGAUUUCAAUAUUUGAUUUUGACAGGAUCGAUAUCCUCUGAUAACAUAAUGUGGCCGAUUGAGUAUUUGUUCUUUUCAAGAACUUGCUAAUAUAUUGUUUUUAAACUCAUCAUUCUUUGUGGAUAUCAUUAGCCAAAGUAAUUAUCUCUGUUGUAAACAAAAGAAUGUGACAUUUUAAUUCUGCGUGAGCCUUACUACGGAUAUAUAUAUAUAUAUAUAUACUUUCUGAGUGUGGCUACAAUGACUUGCCCUCGUUAAAUAUUUUGAUAUGGAACAAUAUAAUGUGUGACAAAUGAUUAUUAUUGAUUAUGUUGA